GCUAGCACUGUUCCAAGGACGCUUGUUUGAAAUUUUGUUCUACGUGGGAAAAAUAGUUCCAAGAACUUGUUCGGGAUUUGUCCGCAGUUGGUGUAAACCGUCACUUUUUCCCAGGUUUUUUGUGUGGCGGGUGAGUGUGCCUUGUGUUCCUCUUAAUAGUCAGUGUUCUCCCUGUUUUUUCCUAUUCCCCAGUGCAAUCAAUCAGGAAGUGGAGUUCAGAAUUCGACACCAAAAUGGAUAUCAACAUGGAGGAAGUGGGAGAAUACAUAGUAGAAGAGGAAGUUUGUGAUGUCGUCACGACUUUGGAAAAGAAAAUCGACCGGCUGGAGAAGAUAAUAAUGGAAAUGCAUAAGACCAAUAAAGAAAUGACAACUGAGUUCAGGGAGAUGAAAGAAAAAUUUAAUGUUAUGAACGCUAACCAGGGCAGAGUAAAGGUGCAAUUAAAUUUGUUAAACAAAUACAUCGAGGGGACAAGGACGUACUUUCCAAUUGAAAACAUGGAUAAAUUGGUUGAAAUCGAAGAGAAAAUUAUGGAAAGUGAAGUCAUUAAAGCUGCAGUUGAAACUGAACUCAGGCGUAUCCUGAAAGCAGGUGAUAAGAACUUCUUGCCAAAGAUAGCAAAACCAGACAUCUAUGUGAAUUUUAAUGUAACAGGAAGGGGGGCAAGGAGGAACAUCUUAGACUUCCACGUCUUCAAAUACAGCUCAGAAGUUAUGAAAGUGGAACGAUGCGAACUAAGGAAAAUGGUUGAAGGACAACAAGCAAAAAUCCGCCAACAGAAAGUAAGAGCGGAAAAACGAAAGACGGAUAAUCAAGUCCAAAACCAAAAUGUGAUGUCCGCGGAUAAUGUGCUUACGGAGAAACCUGCGGAGCAGUCUCCAGUGAAUAUUGCCCCCUACCCAGACACCCUAAUCCUCCCGUCACAAAUGUUCUAGACUUCGUAUAGUAAGGUGGGGUAAUUGGAUCGUAUUCCGAAAAGUGCUACUUAAACGCUUGUUUUUGAACUGAUAAAAUUCUUUUUUACUUCUUCUAAAUUCAUAGAAUUAUUCACUGUUUCAUUCAGAAACAUAAUGCACAGAAAAAUUUUUUUUUGUAAAAUUGUUCAUAAAUGUUUGUGAAAUCCUAUGGCAGACUUACGGAAUGCUCGUGAAUCAUAUAACCCACAAACAAGUUCGUAAAAUUUUGUACUUUUUCACAAAUAUCUCUCGUAAAAUGAUCA